CACAUGCCCAUCCAUCAUCUCCUUCUUUGACUCAUCGAAGCAAAGCAUCUCCAGCCCACCCACCGUCGUCUUCAUCCCACCUCCAUCGUCAACAUAAACAAAGAGCCACCACCCUCCAUUGUUGGUGAUACCUCCAUUUUUCUACUCUUUCUCCGAGACGAAUCUUUGACGCAGAUCUAUCUUUCUCUCUCUCUCUCUCUCUGUGCCACUGUCUGUCGGUGCAUCUUCUUCUUCCUUCCCUUUUAUCGGAGGUGGAACAGACCCAGAGAAGCGCGGUGGCCUCUGCUUCUCUCUAGUGCUUUUCAGCAAGUGAGUAAGCCAGUGGUGACCCGGUUGGUCUUCUUGGUCCGACAAUGAGCAUGUACGGACGGGAUCCCUGGGGGGGUCCCCUGGAGAUCAACGCCGCCGACUCCGCCACCGAGGACGAGCGCAGCCGCAACCUCAACGACUACGACCGCGCCGCCCUCUCCAACUCCCGCCCCCUCGACGAGACCCAGCAGAGCUGGCUCCUCGGCCAGGGCGAGCAGCAGAAGAAGAAGAAGUACGUCGACCUCGGCUGCAUCAUCGUCAGCCGCAAGAUCUUCGUCUGGACUGUCGGCACCGUCCUCGUCUGCGGCCUCCUCGCCGGCCUCGUCACCCUCAUCGUCAAGACCGUCCCCCGCCACCACCGCGGCCGCUCUCCCCCCGACAACUACACCCUCGCCCUCCACAAGUCCCUCAUGUUCUUCAACGCCCAGCGCUCUGGGAAGCUCCCUAAGCAUAACAAUGUGUCGUGGAGGGGCAACUCCUGUCUUCAAGAUGGCAAGUCCGAUUCGUCCUCGGUGAUGAAGGAUCUGGUGGGAGGGUACUACGAUGCCGGGGACGCCAUCAAGUUCAACUUCCCUGCGUCGUUCGCCAUGACCAUGCUCAGCUGGAGCGUCAUCGAGUACAGCGCCAAGUACGAGGCCGCAGGGGAGCUCAGCCACGUCAAGGAAAUCAUCAAGUGGGGCACCGAUUACUUCCUCAAGACCUUCAAUUCCUCCGCCGACACCAUCGACAGCGUUGCUGCUCAGGUCGGUUCUGGGGAUACUUCUGGAGGAAGCACUACUUCGAAUGAUCAUUACUGCUGGAUGCGUCCCGAAGACAUUGAUUAUCCACGGCCUGUAACUGUAUGUCACAGCUGCUCAGAUCUUGCUGCCGAGAUGGCCGCUGCUUUAGCUGCUGCUUCAAUUGUUUUCAAGGACAACAAGGCCUACUCUCAGAAACUAGUUCAUGGUGCCAAAACGCUCUUCCAUUUUUCGAGGCUACAGCGAGGGAGGUACAGUGCUGGUGGAUCAGAAGCUGCAAUUUUCUAUAACUCCACCAGUUACUGGGAUGAGUUUAUCUGGGGUGGUGCUUGGUUGUACUAUGCAACCGGUAAUUCCUCUUAUUUGCAACUUGCUACCACUCCUGGUCUCGCGAAGCAUGCUGGUGCUUUCUGGGGAGGACCAGAUUAUGGCGUGCUUAGCUGGGACAACAAGCUUGCUGGUGCUCAGGUGCUCCUAAGCCGUCUGAGGUUGUUCCUCAGCCCUGGGUAUCCGUACGAGGAAAUGCUGAGGACAUUUCACAAUCAGACCAGCAUAAUUAUGUGCUCUUACCUGCCUAUCUUCACAAGCUUCAAUAGAACCAAAGGCGGCUUGAUCCAGUUGAACCAUGGAAGACCCCAGCCUCUUCAAUAUGUUGUCAAUGCAGCCUUCCUGGCCACUGUAUUCAGUGACUAUCUUGAUGCUGCGGAUACUCCUGGAUGGUACUGUGGGCCCAAUUUCUAUUCUACUGAUGUCUUGCGUGAUUUUGCGAGGACGCAGAUCGAUUACAUCCUCGGGAAAAAUCCUCGGAAAAUGAGCUACAUUGUCGGCUUUGGUGAGCAUUACCCGAGACAUGCGCAUCACAGAGGUGCGUCCAUCCCAAAGAAUAAGGUCAAGUACAACUGCAAAGGCGGAUGGAAAUGGAGGGACACAUCGAAGCCGAACCCGAACACGCUAGUGGGAGCAAUGGUUGCGGGUCCCGAUCGGCGCGACGGCUUCCAUGAUGUCCGUUCGAACUACAACUACACGGAACCCACUCUCGCAGGGAACGCAGGAUUGGUUGCGGCACUCGUGGCCUUAUCAGGCGACGGGAGCGCUAAGAUCGACAAGAACACGAUAUUCUCUGCAGUGCCUCCCAUGUUUCCCACUCCACCGCCACCUCCAGCUCCAUGGAAACCAUGAGUUUGGCUGGUGCGGGUUUUUUACCACUUGGGAAGAUGAAAGGAAUGCCGAACGAGGCGGGGAUUGUGUAUGACAACCCGAAGAAGAGGAAGGAGAAGGGAAAGGGGACUUCUUGACAUAAUGCAUUGGCAUAGAAAAUGCUCUGGAAAACAGUUGAACCGGGGACCGUCUUUUUUGUUCUUUCAAUCUUUGUGAAAUACUGUGGUAUAUAGUGUAUGAAGACAUCGAUCAUGUAUUCUUUGAAACUUGACCACUUGCACAACAUAUAUGAUGAAACGUUCGAACAGGAUUUGCUGAA